GCAACUUUGAUUUUGAAGGUUACUUGCUUUUACUUACUUAAUAUAAUAAUAAUUUGAAUAUCUACUGGGGCAGCUUGUUUAUGUAAACAACUACACAGCUGACGCUUUUCCUGAUUCCGUGUGUUAUCAACAUUGUUGACUACGAUACAGCGACAGUUUACAUCGGACGAUAUUUAACGUCACAGCGCAUUUUGUGCUGUAACUUGACAGUAUUAUUACGUAUAUAUUCACAAGGAAAUUAAUAAAGUAAUUAGUGUAUGGAUAGUUGAGUAAGGUGCUAGUCAGCAGUAAAAGCAAUCAUGGCAAAAAUGAAAAUAUUUUUUGCACUCGGGUUAUUAUUUAGUUUUCUUGCGAAGGACUCGUUGGGAUUAUCGCCGGUUAUUUUAAUACCUGGUGAUGGUGGAAGUCAACUUGAGGCGAGAUUAAAUAAAACCAAUGUAGUGCACUAUAUUUGCGCCAAGACGUCUACAGACUACUUUAACAUUUGGUUGAAUUUGGAGCUGCUAGUACCGUUUGUGAUCGACUGCUGGGUGGACAACACCAGGCUGGAGUAUGACAAUGUUACAAGGACAACCAGGACCCCUGAGGGUGUGGAUAUUCGAGUCCCGGGAUGGGGAGACCCAGAGCCAGUGGAAUGGCUGGACCCCUCACACGACAGUACUGGAGCAUACUUCAAUACUAUCGGAGAUGCUCUUGUCAAAGAAGGAUAUGUAAGGAAUGUGUCUUUGAGAGGAGCUCCUUAUGACUUUAGGAAAGCACCAAAUGAGAAUGGUGAAUUUUUCGUGAAACUAAAGACUCUAGUUGAGGACACAUAUACAAUGAACAAUAAGAGUGCAGUGACGCUGAUCGUGCACAGCAUGGGCGGCUCGAUGGCGCUGCACUUCCUGCGACAGCAGACACAGUCGUGGAAGGACCAGUACAUCCGGAGACUCAUCUCACUGUCCACCCCUUGGGGUGGGGCGGUUAAAGCACUUAAAGUUUUCGCUAUUGGCGACGACUUAGGUUCAUCCAUGUUAAGUCAGAGCACGAUGCGACUGGAGCAAGUGACCUGCCCGUCGCUGGCGUGGCUGCUGCCCUCGCCGCUGGUGUGGCGAGCCGACGACGUGCUCGUGCAGACUGAUAAGUUCAACUACACUAUACAACAUUUGGAGAAGUUGUUCACCGACAUGGAGAUGCCGACAGCGUGGGAGAUGCGAAAGGACACGGAGCGGUACUCCCGUGACGCUUCCGCGCCGGGAGUAGAGCUGCACUGCCUCUAUGGGUACAACCUCACCACUGUGGAGCGGCUGGUGUACAAGCCGGGCACGUGGCUGGACGGGUCGCCGCAGCUGGCGGGCGGCGACGGCGACGGCACCGUCAACCUGCGCUCGCUGGAGGCCUGCGCGCGUUGGGGCAAGGCGGGGGGCGCGCGCAACGCUCGCCGCCCCGUCAAGACCCUGCCGCUGCCCGGCGCAGAGCACCUGCGCAUCCUGCACGACCCCCGCGUGCUGCGCUACAUCCUCACCGUGCUGCGCCACUGACCGCAGACUACCCACAUCUGACCACCGACGUAAUUACACCGCCUGUCGCAUUUGAUGCCAACUUCAUACAAUGAUAUUCAAACUAAACACUUUACUCGUUACUUUUAAUAUAUUUUAAGUGCAACUUUAAGAAUUUAAGAGAAAAGGAACAUAAAAAUGCUCUCUUGUAGCUCUCUCUAAAACAUUGUAUAAAAAGUCAAGUCGCUUAAAAAUAAAAGACGAAAUGUAUUCGUGACCUUGAAAACAAAAGAUAUUUAAAAAAUACUCAAUUUUCAUUAUUUUACAGAGUUACUUAUUUAGUAUGUCUUCCAUGUGAUUUAAGAUUCUUGUAAUGUCCUUUUUAACGCUUAUUAAUUAUUUAGUUUAAAUAAAACCUCCCACUUAACUAGCGGUUAUUAAGUGAUGCAUAAUUUUUUAAAGGGAGUUUGUAAGCAAUAAUUUUUAAUAUCUGAAUAAAAAA